AUGGGAAACGCAGAGAGCAAUGUCAGCUCAGGUGUGAAAAAACAAGCUGAUAGUGGCUCACUGAAAAUUUAUACUCUCAUUAAUCUGAAGAAAGGAGGAACUCUUGUUGAACUGAUGCAAGAAGCUGUAAAAUCGAAAGAUUAUAGCGAUUUGGAUGAAAAAAUUCGAGAACUCGUACUUCCUUUCUUGUAUAAUAAAGGGGAGGGAAGAAUGGUACCCAUUCAAGAGCUUGUACUUACCAGGAAUAAAGAUAGACCGAAGCAUAAACAACUCCCUCAGAACAGAGAAGGGGACUCAAAGACUUCGCCUAAGUCUUCGACUAUAGAUAUAUCUGAUGCAUCAGAAAAAGAAGGAGCCCCACAGUUUCGUGAAGUAUGCUGGGAUUUGGAUGAACGAGGAGCGGUAGGAGAAACAGCGCUACAUGUGUGUUUUCUAUCUUCGGGCCCUUUGUACAUGGAUCUUGCAAAACGAUUAAUUAAACUCUUUCCAAAACUGAUUAACGAUAUCUAUCAGUCUGAUGAGUAUUAUGGUGAAAAUGUACUUCACAUGGCGAUUGUGAACGAAGAUCCCGUAAGUGUGAAAUUUCUAUUAGACAAUGGUGCUAACUUCAACGAAAGAGCUACAGGUACUUUCUUUAACCCGGAAGAUCAAAAACCUACUCGAACAGACAAUCUGGCUCAUGAAUGGGCUGAUCUCAGCCUAAAGACCGAUUACAAAGGUUAUGUUUACUGGGGAGAAUAUCCGUUGUCAUUUGCCGCCUGCCUGGGACAGGAAGAAUGCUACAGACUUCUACUCGCCAAAGGAGCUAACCCAGACAUGCAGGACACCAACGGAAAUACAGUUCUUCACAUUUUGGUCAUUCAAAAUAAACCAAUCGAAACAUUCGACAUGGUAUAUGAAUGUGGCGCAUCUUUGGACAUAAAAAAUCGUCAGCGCUUAACACCACUAAUAUUAGCUGCGAAACUAGCAAUGAAAGAUAUUUACUUCCAUAUUUUGGAGUUACAGAGAGAAAUCUACUGGGAGCUGGGCAAUAUAACAUGUGCAGCUUAUCCUCUAGACGAUAUUGAUACAAUUGAUGGAAAAACGGGUGAAAUUAAUAAGUUAUCGGUUUUGAACCUUGUGGUCUAUGGUGAGCAACUUGAUCACUUAGAAAUGCUUACUGGACUGCUUGCAGAUCUUUUAAAUGCGAAGUGGAACACUUUUGUAAAAUUCAGGUUUUAUAAGCAGUUUGCAACAUUUUUCGUGUACUUCGCCAUUUCGAUAAGCUGUUUUGUGAUGAGACCUGGGCCCAUGGGGAAAAAUCUCCAAAAACAUCAUAUGACAAGCACUCUUCCAUUGAAUUCUCUUAUAUCAACUACAAAAGCUCCCACAAAUAUAACAAUAGCGAACCAAAUAAACUCGUGUUAUCUUUUAGAGCGGAACACCUCACCACAACAGGUACGUUGUGUUUUAGAGAUUUUGACUGUCGCUGGUGGAUUUCUAUAUCUUUUAGACGCAUUUAGAGAGUUCCGAUUUCUUGGUUAUCAAACGUUUAUCGAAAAUAUGAUGACUGUUCCCUCGAGAGUGCUCUUUAUGAUGUCUUGUUGUAUCUUGAUGCUAAUGAUUCCUCUAAGAUUAACCUGCAGUCAUACUUUAGAAGACAUCUGCGCAGUUUUUGUUAUGCUCACUACAUCUCCUUACUUCCUAUUUUUCUGCAGGGGCUUUAAGAUUGUUGGCCCUUUUGUAGUGAUGAUCUAUAAAAUGAUUUUAACAGAUCUUCUCUGUUUUGUAACUAUCUACGUAGUGUUUGUAAUGGGAUUUGCACAAGCGUACUACGUCAUUUUCUUGUCAUAUAAAGCUGAUAAACCGAGCUAUUUCGAUGAUCCGAUCCAGAGUAUAUUAGCCAUGUUCAUCAUGUCCCUGUCUGAAUUCGGAGACACAUAUGAGCAAUUCCAUUACACAGCCCAUCAAAAUAUUGCCAAGGUAUUUUUUAUAAUUUACAUGGCAUUGGUCGCUCUUCUACUAAUCAACAUGCUAAUCGCCAUGAUGGGUAAAACUUAUCAAGACAUUGCAGAAAGAAAAAAUGAAUGGAUGCGACAGUGGGCUCGAAUCGUGCUUGUUGUUGAACGAGGAGUGCCACCAAAUAUUUGCAUGGAACAACAACAGAAUUAUUCUCAACCUAUGGCAGAUGGAAGAAGAGCUCUUGUUCUGAGGCUUGAGCACAAUGAGGAUGAAAAAGAAGAACUUAGAUGCAUUGCAGAGAUGCGGACAUCAAAUUUUGAAAACAAAGCUCGACGGAAAAAAAAUCAGAAGAAAGGCAUACAAACAGAUAAAAUGAGAAAGUAAAAUAAGAAAUACAGAACCCCAUUUUUCCUGAAAAGAAGAUCAAUUAAAAAGACAAUCAUCGAUUGCAUAUCUGUUCCAUAUUGGAAAUGACAGAACAAUAAACACCUUUUGAACCUAAACUUCAUAGC